GCAGGGCGCGCUAUGGAGACUGCGCGCUGUAGGAGGUUCAGGGACUCGGAGCGCCGCGUGUCGCGUUACAGACGUGUUAUUAUUUUAUUAUUAUUGUUGUAGUUUUAUUAGUAUUCCUUUUGCGGGGACGACGCAGGGGACGAAGAGCAGCUGACGUGCGGCGAGGAGAACAUUCGAGAUGAGUCAGUGGCUCGAGCUACAGCAGCUGGACUCCAAGUUCUUGGAGCAGGUGGACCAGCUGUACGAUGACAACUUCCCCAUGGCCAUCCGGCAGUACCUCAGCAGCUGGAUUGAGAGCCAUGACUGGGACCAUGUGGCUAACGUGGAGAAUGAGUCGCUGGCCACGGUGCGGUUCCAUGACCUUCUGACCCAGCUGGACCACCAGCACAGCCGCUUUGCCAUGGAGAAGGACUUCCUGAAUCAGCACAACAUUCGCAAGAUCAAACGCAACCUGCAGACUCUGUUUGCGGAUAACCCUGUCUCCAUGGCCAUGAUCAUCAGCAAGAACCUGAGUGAGGAGAGAAAGAUUCUGGCAGCUGCACAAAUCUCUGAGAAUUCGGCGCAUAGUGCUCAGAGCGACAUGAUAAUGGAGAAACAGAGAGAGCUGGACAGCAAGGUCAAGGACAUCAAGACUAAAGUGCAGGAAACCGAGCAGAACAUCAAGAACCUGGAGGAUUUACAGGACGAACACGACUUCAAGAGCAAGACUCUGCAGAGUCACGAGGAGCUGAACGGGACGAUAUCGAGGGACGAGCUGAAUCGUGAGAAACUCUACCUCAAAGCCAUGUUUAUGAAACUCAAUGAUAUGAGAGGGGGGGUAGUAAGCCAAAUGUCAGAGGUGCUAAACCUGGUGGAGCAGUUGGAGUACGAGUUGAUCUCAGUGGAGCUCUCCGAAUGGAAACGACGCCAGCAGAUGUCCUGCAUUGGAGGACUCACCAACGUCUGCCUUGAUCAGCUGCAGAACUGGUUCACAGGGUUGGGUGAAUGUCUGAUGCAGGUUUAUCAGCAGCUGAAGAAGCUUUUGGAGCUGGAGCAGAAGUAUUCGUACCACCAGGAUCCCAUCACCCUGAGCCGGGGCUCACUGGAGGAGAGAGCACUUACGCAGCUUAAAACACUGAUCACCAACUCCAUGGUUGUGGAAAGACAGCCCUGUAUGCCCACUCAACUACAGAGGCCACUGGUGCUAAAAACAGGUGUUCUAUUUACUCUUAAAGUCAGACUGCUGGUGAAACUUCCGGAGUUUAAUCACACCGUUCGCGUAAAAGUGCAUCUGGAUAAAGACGUGACGGAGAAGAGAAAAGGUUUCCGGAAGUUCAACAUCCUCGGUACAAGCAUGAAGGUGAUGAACAUGGAGGAGUCGAUCGGGAUGGCUGCUGAAUUCCGACACCUGCAACUGAAAGAGCAGAAGGUGGCGGGAAACAGAACAAACGAGGGCCCUCUGAUUGUCACUGAGGAACUACACUCUUUCACAUUUGAGGCAGAGCUCUGCUGGACAAAACUAGUCAUCAACUUCGAGACGUCGUCUCUGCCUAUCGUGGUGAUCUCCAACGUCAGCCAGCUGCCAUGUGGUUGGGCCUCUAUCAUGUGGUACAAUAUGCUAACCUCGGACCCCAAGAAUCUGUCGUUCUUUGUGAGCCCCCCCUCAGUGAGUUGGGGUCAGCUGUCCGAGGUUCUGAGUUGGCAGUUCUCCUCCAUCACCAAGCGAGGCCUGAACGCUGAGCAGCUGAGCAUGCUGGGACACAAACUGCUGGGUCCUAAAGCAGCCAAAGACCCUGAAGCUCAGAUUCCAUGGAACAAAUUCUGUAAGGGAGGCAGUGAAAAGAACUUCACUUUCUGGUUGUGGAUCGAGGGAGUCCUGGACCUGAUUAAGAGACACCUCCUGAGUCUGUGGGACGAGGGGUACAUUAUGGGUUUCGUGACUAAAGACCGCACUAAGGCGCUGCUCAGUGAUAAAGCUCCUGGAACUUUCCUCCUGCGCUUCAGUGAGAGCAACCGAGACGGAGCCAUCACCUUCAGCUGGGUCGAACACACCCCCAAUGGUGAGCCUCAGGUGCGCUCGGUCGAGCCUUACACUAAGAAAGAGCUCUCAGCCGUGUCUCUGGCGGACAUUCUUAGAAACUACCGAGUGAUGGCAGCCGAUAACGUCCCUGAAGAUCCCCUGCGCUUCCUCUAUCCGAACACACCAAAAGAUGAUGCCUUCGGCAAAUAUUACUCCAAACCUACUGACAAACACGAACCGAUGGAAGUGGAUAAGAAGUCGGAUGAUUACAUCAAAACAACGCUCAUCUCCGUUUCAGAAAUGAAUAACCAAAGAAAACAACAUAACUCUGAAUUCCAACAAGUGAACCAUGGAUGGUCUCCUCAACACCAAGUUCAUCAAGUGACGCCACAUCCACCAGGCAGCUCACAGUACGAACAGAAAUCGCAAGAUUUCAAUGACACCAUGAUGCCACUGUCGCCGGAGGAGUACGGAGAAUUAGAGCGCAUGACUCGUGAUCUGACCGGAGAUCUUGGAGAGCUCCAAUCUCCUGGGAAGAUGUUCCAGUGGUAAGGAGUUGAUGAAUGUGUUCUAACCCGCCGCUGCGUCCUUCUCUCCGGUGUCCAGCUGUACUGUAGCCUGCCGGGCGAGUGACGAUCAGACAGAGCCAAACCGUCCCCUCAUCCGUCCACCUCGAUCUACAGAACACCAGGAAAUGGAGCACCUGAGCUUCAGAUCGUCCUGCGGCGUAAAUUCACACCAUGCUGAAAACGUUAUAACGGGGAAAAAAACCAUAAUAAGGAUUUUGUUCUGCACCUUAUGUGAUAAAAGCACUUACUCGCUUCUGAUGCACCUUUUUAUUCCUUUCGCCUCUGAAAUCGGACCGGAGAGUCGCCCCGGCUCCAAACAUAUAAAAAUUGUUCAAGCUUCCUGUGCCUUUAAAUACAUUUAUUUUGUAUUUAAAAAUAAAUAAAUCAAUAACGA